AUGCGGUUGCACCCGUGGUCGACCCUCGCCGUCUUCGGUGCGAUCGCAUCGUCGAUCCCCCUCUCGACCUCCCACGAACUCCAUCUUCCUUACCUCCCCUCGCUCAGUCCUGAGCACGAUUCCGAUGCCUACCUGGCUCUUAAAUGGACCGUGACGAAUGGGUCGCUCUACGCCAACAAUGAUCAGAUCUUCCCGCCCACCGUCUCCAUGCAAUUACAUGCCCCUCAAUACAGAGGCCAAGCCAACGCUCGUGUGGGCGGCAAUGAUCUCGAACUAUCGUACUCUCUACAUGCCCGGCCACUUUCGUCCCAAGAAGCCGGAGCGACCUCCAAGAUUGUGCGUGUGCGCGUCGAUUUAAUGGAUCUCCAAGGAGAGCCCGUCACUCCCAACGCUGUCGUAUUGGAUCUGCUCGCCCAUCCCGACGGCAGCCAGCGAAUCACGCGCAUUCGAAUGGAGCCUGGAAAGGGCCAUCACGAAGGCCACGAUCGACCCUGGCAUAUGAAGUUCUGGCAAACCCAAAUGGCCGGAAUCAUCAACAAACAAAAGGAGGACAAGGAGGUCUCCUCUCCCGUCAAGCCUUCUCAAAACUCCACCGAGGAAUCCACGCAAACACGUCCCAGCAAUCCCGCCCAGACGGAUGAUGCCGAGGAAGUCACUCAGGUCGGAUUUAUCUUCUCCCCUUACUGGUCUCCCUCCGCCUAUUCCCACCGCGGCCACGGCCACGGUCACCGCCACUCGCACCACCGUGACCGUACCUUUAUGCGCCUCGUCCGCCCAGUCAUUCUCCCUGCCGUCCUGGGUGCUGCCGCUGGUUUGGUUGCCUGCCUAGUAGGCUUCGUCAUCGGCCACCUAUGCAUGUCCCUCUCCGUCCGCCUCGGUCUCCGCAAGAACAGGCAACAACGACGGACCAGUGCCGUCCACCUGGAAGACGGGACCCGCGGGGAGAAAUCCGUCCUGAUGGUCCCUGAGAUCUACGUGACUGAUUCCGAUUCCGAUCCGGAGGCUUAG